UUUGAAAAAGCAGCAGCAGGAGAAGACAAAGACAAAAGUAAAACUGCGUGAAAUUUGGGGAAUGGACCAUGGUCAUGGUCAACUACGAACUUUCGGCUCUCUCUCAGCGAUCUGUUCGCCUUUCAUUGGAUAAUCCACUUCAAUUUCUCACUACCUUGCGGCGUAAGCUGAAAUCUCCAUCGGCCACCGACGAGGGUUCCAUUUCGAUCGAUCCCUUUGGAGUCCACUUCCCAUGAGGUGAAUUUUUGGUGCGACAGAAUCUCCUCGAGUGUUUCGAAGCUCUAAAACCUCGGAUCCGGCGUCUAACUAUGGAGGAUUUCGAGUCCAAAUCCAAAUCAUAUGGGGAUGGGAGAAUGCAGAUUGUGAACUACUACGGAGACGAAGCCAGAGAACCCCCUGCUUCCGGCGGAAUGGGCGUGCAAGAUUUCCGUUGUUACAGUGCGUCGUAUGCUUCGCAAACGCAGAUGGGAAACGAUUUGAAGCUCAAGAAAGGGAAAUCGACGAACGGAUUUUCGUCCAAGAGCUGGAGUUUCAGCGAUCCGGAGAUGCAGAGAAAGAGGAGGGUCGCGAGCUAUAAGGUUUAUACUGUGGAAGGCAAAGUCAAAGGUUCUUUCAGGAAGAGCUUCAGGUGGCUUAAGGAAAGAUGCUCCCGAGUGGUCUUUGGAUGGUAGCGGCUUUAAUUGGUAACAGCUUUUUCCUCCACUACUGUGUUGUUUAAUUAGCUUAUAGUUCUGAAAUCCAAGAAUCUGUUCCUUGAAUAUUAUGAUUCUAUGAAUGUGUAACUAGUGCUGGAACUGGAAGUACAGAAUUUUUUUUCAAUGAAUUAGAUAAUGGCUUUAUGAGAACCUGCAUGAAUGUGGCACUUGCUGAAACUUAAUUUAGAAACCA